ACCUCCCAGCAAAAUCACUGGCUCUGCUGGAGAAGCCAAGAAACUAGGGCCUGGGAAGAGACAGAGGCAGGGCCGCCCAGGUGUGGGGAGAGGGACGAGGCAGCCCUGGCUGGCUGCCCUCCCGGUGACAGAGAUGGUGACUCUAGCCUGCCUGGCCUGCACUCCCAGCCCAGCAAGCCUGUCUAGGGCUGGGGGCUGGGGCAGGCAGCAGUGUCUCCAACACAGACGGUCAGUUUGUCCUCUGAGUCCCAUGCCCCACUUCACAUCAGGGCUUAUUGAGGCUGGGGUGGAUGACACUUGCCCAAAGUCACCCAGUGGGGGGCAGAGUCAGGGCCUCCCACCUUCUGCUGAGCUAACCUUUGGUGUUCUCAAUCCCUGUCCUCCUCCACGGUUGAUGACCAUGUUCCUGUCCCUAUGAGGCCAGAACGUGUCACCCUAGAAAUGGCAGCCUUUGCUGAAUUCAGCUAGAAUUUAAGGGAUCCCAGGCAGAGUCCCUCUGGCCACAUAUGGUAGUCUGCUUGGUGGCCUGCUGUGGAUCAGCACUUGCUUGAACUGGUUUGAACCACUUUGGUGCCUAUCGUGGUGGUUUCCAUUCUGUGCCAACAGGAAGGUGCUUGGGACAUGUGUCCAAGGAGUUCACACUUUGGUGGUAAUGUUUCAGGGAUCCCCCUGGGAGAGCCCCAUGAGGGCAGGAGAGGGAUGGCAAGUAUGCCCAGCUUCUUGAAGGACACCCCAGCCUGGGAGAAGACGGCCCUUGAGAAUGGCAUCAUGGGACAGGAACCUGGCACUCCACCAAGGGACAGCCUGCGUCAUGGGUCAUUGUGCUUGGGAGAGCCUGUUCCCUUCUGGAGGGGAGUCCUGAGCACCCCAGACUCCUGGCUUCCCCCUGGUUUCCCCCAGGGCCCCAAGGACCCGCUCCCACUGGUGGAGGGCGAGGGCCCCCAGAAUGGGGAGAGGAAGGCCAGCUGGCUGGGCAGCAAGGAUGGACUGCUCUGGAAGGAGGCGAUGCUGGCCCACCCGCUGGCCUUCUACGGGCCAGUGUGCCCACCUCGCUAUGGCCCCCUCGUUCCUGAGCACAGUGGUGGUGGGCAGCCCAAGAGUGACCCUGUGGCCUUCAGGCCCUUACACUGUCCUUUUCUGCUGGAGACCAAGAUCCUGGAGCGAGCUCCCUUCUGGGUGCCCACCUGCUUACCACCCUACCUAGUGUCCAGCCUGCCCCCAGAGCGUCCGUGUGACUGGCCACUGGCCCCGCAUCCUUGGAUGUACCCUGGGAGCCAGCCCAAAGCGCCCUCUGCCUUUGGCCUAGGCAGCAAGGGCUUCUACCACAAAGAUCCGAGUACUCUCAGGCUGGCAAAGGAGCCCCCUCUAGCAGCGUUGGAACAUGGGUUUCUGGGCUCAGCCCCUAGUGGGCUUCUGCAGCGAGCCCAAGAGGCGGAAGGCUCUUCUCUCCACCAGAGGGAGGGAAACCCAGGAGCUGGCAGGCCCAAGGAUCUCUGCUCACUUUUCCUGGGACAUCCAGAUGCUGCUCCCCGGACCCCCUGGCCCACUUGUCCUCCAGGCCUAGUCCAUACUCUUGGCAAUGUCUGGACUGUGGCAGGCAGUGGCGGCCUUGGGCACCAGCUGGGGCCACCAGUCACACCACGGUGCCCCUCUCCUGGGCCUGCUACCACCAAGGGGGGCUGUUGCUCAUCCCACCCACCCACUAGAGAGGAAGAUGUUGGUCCUUGUGGGAUGUGCCAGGAGGGCCCAGAGGGGGUUACCAGUGGGACAGCUGAGUCCAGCGAGGAAGAGAACAAGGCUGUGGGUCCCAGGGCCUGUCCCCCAAGCCACCACACCAAACUGAAGAAGACGUGGCUCACAAGGCACUCAGAGCAGUUUGGGUGCCCCAGUGGCUGGCCUGGGGAUGAAGAGAGCCCAGCAGCCCAGCUCAGGACCCUCAAGAGGGCAGGAAGCCCCGAGGUUCAGGGAGCCAUGGGCAGCCCCAUCACCAAGCGCCCACCUGACCCUUUCCCAGGCACCACGGGGCAAGGGCCCAGGGGCUGGCAAGAGGUGCUGGACACAUCAAUAGGGAGCAAGGCGGAGGCAGAACAGCACAAGGUGCAGAGAGGACCCCGAGGUGGCAGGGCCAGCCUCCAGGACCCCGGGCCUCAGGACGCACCUGGCCCGGCUCUCUCAGCAGGAGUCACUCAAUGCCAAAGCUGUGCCCAGGCAGCUGGAGAGGUGGGAGCACUGUCCUGCCACUCUCAGCAAACAUGGAGGCCGCCUCUGGGCACAGAGCCGCAGCAGGAGGAAGAUUCUGAGGAGGGAGGAGGGUCUGGCUCCGACCAGCUCAGCAUGGGCCUCGCCAAGCACCUGCUGAAUGGUUUGGGGGACCGGCUAUGCCGCCUGCUGCGCAGGGAGCGGGAGGCCCUGGCCUGGGCCCAGCGUGAAGCAGGCCAGGGCCCAGCCGUGACAGAGGACAGCCUGGGCACCCCACGCUGCUGUAGCCGCUGCCACCAUGGGCUCUUCAACACCCACUGGAGAUGCCCCCGCUGCAGCCACCGGCUCUGUGUGGCCUGUGGGCGUGUGGCAGGUGCUGGAAGGGCCAGGGAGAAGGCAGGUUCUCAGGAGCAGUCCCUGGAGGAAUGUGCCCAGGAGGCUGGGCACGCUGCCUGUUCCCUGGUGCUGACCCAGUUUGUCUCCAGCCAGGCUUUGGCAGAACUGAGCACCGCAAUGCACCAGGUCUGGGCCAAGUUUGACAUUCGAGGGCACUGCCUCUGCCAAGCUGAUGUCCGGGUGUGGGCCCCUGGGGCUGGGGGACAGCAGAAGGAGCCGACAGAGAAAACUCCCCCAGCUCCGCAAGCUUCCUGCAAUGGGGAUUCCAACAGGACCAAGGACAUCAAAGAGGAGAUCCCGGACUCCGCUGAGGCCCCAGCAGAGGACAGAGCCACCCGAGGGCCCCUGCCUUGUCCCUCUCUCUGCGAACUGCUGGCCUCUACUGCUGUCAAACUCUGUCUGGGGCAUGAGCGCAUCCACAUGGCCUUUGCCCCCGUCACUCCGGCCCUGCCUAGUGACGAUCGCAUCACCAACAUCCUGGACAGCAUCAUCGCGCAGGUGGUAGAGAGGAAGAUCCAGGAGAAGGCCCUGGGGCCAGGCUUGCGAGGUAGGCCGGGCCUUCGCAAGGGCCUGGGCCUGUCCCUGUCUCCAGUGCGGCCCCAGCUGCCUCCUCCGGGAGCCUUGCUGUGGCUGCAGGAGCCUAGGCCUCGGCGCUGCUUACACCUGUUCCAGGAGCACUGGAGGCAGGGCCAGCCUGUACUGGUGUCAGGGAUCCAGAGGACGCUGCAAAGCGGCCUGUGGGGGACGGAAGCUCUCGGGGUGCUUGGAGGCCAGGUGCAGGCGCUGACUGCCCUCGGGCCCCCGCAGCCCACAGACCUGGACAGUGCGACUUUCUGGGAGGGAUUCUCCAAGCCCGAGAGUUGCCCAAAGUCAGACGAGGGCUCUGUCCUCCUGCUGCACCGAGCUCUAGGGGACGAGGACGCCAGCAGGGUGGAGAACCUGGCCUCCAGCCUGCCACUCCCGGAGUACUGUGCCCACCACGGGAAACUCAACCUGGCUUCCUACCUCCCGCUGGGCCUCACCCUGCAUCCGCUGAAGCCGCAGCUCUGGGCGGCCUACGGCGUGAGCCCACACCGUGGACACCUGGGGACCAAGAACCUGUGUGUGGAGGUGGCUGACCUGGUCAGUGUACUGGUGCAUGCAGAGGCAUCGCUGCCUGCCUGGCACCGGGCACAGAAAGACUUCCUUUCCGGCAUGGAUGGGGAGGGACUCUGGUCUCCAGGCAGCCAGGUCAGCACCGUGUGGCACGUGUUCCGGGCACAGGAUGCCCAGCGCAUCCGCCGCUUUCUCCAGAUGGUGUGCCCGGCUGGGGCAGGGACCCUGGAGCCUGGCGCCCCAGGCAGCUGCUACCUGGACGCCGGGCUGCGGCGGCGCCUGCGGGAAGAGUGGGGUGUGAGCUGCUGGACCCUGCUGCAGGCCCCCGGAGAGGCCGUGCUCGUGCCUGCAGGGGCGCCCCACCAGGUGCAAGGCCUGGUGAGCACAAUCAGCGUCACCCAGUACUUCCUGUCACCUGAGACCUCUGCCCUCUCCACUCAGCUCUGCCACCAGGGACUCAGCCUAACCCCUGACUGCCGCCUGCUUUAUGCCCAAGUGGACUGGGCUAUGUUCCAAGCAGUGAAGGUGGCCGUGGGAACAUUACAAGAGGCUAAAUAGGGGAUUGUCGGUGUCUGGGGUAGGAGUGGUGGACAGGUAGACCAGGUGCUUGGCCCAGACAUAGCUUCAUCAGGGAAUGGCACUGGGGGACUUGGGGACUUUUGGCCAAUCCCACACACACCACUCUGCACCCCACUCCUUGCCCUUGCCCUGGCUCUAAAGCCACCAACCACAGUGCCACUAAAGCUCACACCUGCCCUUUGCAGGCUGGCACCUGCUCCACCCUGUGCCCCUCUCCGUGGUACCAGGCCGUAUGAGGGGCGACUGACUCCCUCAACCCGUGGCCCAGCCCAGGAGAUAAACAGCCCUUCCUUGGGGGACCUUGGGAAUCAUUCUGGCUUAAGCAACACUUUCUUCUGCUGCCUCAUACCUACCGUCCCACCUAUGUCCCAAGCUCUGCUCACACCACCCGCAUCGUCCCUGGGCUCCCGGGUAACACUUCACACCGCGGCCAUGCUGGACUCAGGGCCACCAAAGUCCUGCCCUCUUGCCAGAAUUGCUGUGGAGUGUUGGGGGGAGGGGGCAUCAGGGACUGCCUGGGCUGGAGGGAAUGACCUGGGCCAUGCCACCCGCCCCGACUCCAGCCUCCCACCUCCCUCCUUCCUGUGUGAUUUCCAUUAAAAUCUGUUGUCAGUUGGCCCUGCUUCUGCAGGCCACAUGUUCUGGGAAGGGAGGAGAGACAAACAUACAAGAGCAGGCGGGGGAAUGGCGGGGGGUCCCCUCAGACACCACCUCCUGAUCUUCCUCUGGGAGCCUGGAGCCUUCUGGGGCACCACGCCCUGAAGAUGCCCCCGACCAUGACAACAGACGAGGAAGAGUCCCAGGCACAGCAUUGAAGUGGCCUCCCUGAGUGGCAUCAGCUGUGGAUUCCAGAGCCCUGCUGCUCCCACACACUUCGGGCCACCCUCGUCCCUGUCUGCCCCACACUGGAGGGAGAUACAGGGGAGCCCGCACCCAGCCUCAUGGCCCAUGGUAGCCACGGCCCAGGGACUGAGCUUCCAUGGCUCCGACACUGCUACCUUCUCCCGCCCCGUCCCCACGGCCCUGGUGUGGCUCUGCCCUCCACCCUGCCCUGUGUAUUGCAGCACUAUCAACGCACCACCUCUUGUCAUACCCAAUUGUUCCUGCUGUGGUUUGGGGAAUUUUUUUAUUAAAUAAAAUUUUUUUAU